AUGCCUUCACGAAGGGACACGACGUCAGGAGACGUCGUCAUCAUCGUUGCCGACGAGGUCGACAAUAGGCUUUCGCCCGAAGCAUCCCAGCCCGGCCGACUCCGCAAACGCCGGCCCCCGAGUCCGGCAGCGCUAGACCUUCCCCUCUCCUGCCAGUCCACGGCGAGCAUCCCCACUUGGUCCAGCAAGAGUCAUCCGCAAACACAGCCGCUCACCUCGAGCACCUGCAUAGACGGAGUUGGUUCUGUCUCGGCUGCCACCUGCACCCAGCCCCUCACCGCCGGCCACAACACCACACCACCACACGCCUACCCCGCCGACAGCAGCCACCACCGACCCCCCAGCCGCAACCAUGGAGUGCACCAGCCGUUGGAGCCACCGCCCCAGAGGGGUCCAGAUCUGGGCGAAGAGAGGCUCCCAGACCAGGCAUGGCAGUCACCAGGGUCACUGCCACGGCCUGCUCCACCACGCUGCGCUGACCACCACACCCGCCUACGCCACCAGCCCCCAGUCGCGGCCGCGGGGACCGCCGGCCAAGGGAAACGGGCCGCCGUCCGAAGGGAGCUAGAUCUGGAGCUCCCCUGGGCAGAGCGGCGCCGGAUCCUUGGAGACCCAGCUGCCCACGCCUCCGCGCCGCUCGCGCCGGCGCACUGGUCGACCAUUGCCGGUGCGCGGCCCCGACCACCCGCGCCCGCCCGCGAGUCCCCGUCGCCGGCCAGCGUCCCGCGCCGCCACGCCUGGAGAAGAGGAGGGAGAGCCGUCCCCGCCGGCGCCGGCGCCGAGGGCUUUGCCCAGGGACGCCCUCUGGCGGCGGCGGGAGGAGGAGGGGGGAGGCGAGGGUGGCUGUCGGCGGUGGCUGGGAUAAUCUCCAAGAAAGAGGCUUUAAGUGCCAAGGGUCAUGAAAUGAAGGAUGAAAAAGAAGGAAGAAAGCAUCUCUGGCUCUCUGCACCUGCACGUUGUCGCCGUGAACUGGAGCGAUCAUCGCCGAGAGCAAUGGCGGCCCAGUGGUUGCUGCUCCUGCUCUGCGUGGCCGGAGGCGUCCCUCGUGUUCGUUGCCAGAGCGCGCCCGACAGCACUGGUUUCAUCAGCAUCGACUGCGGCCUCUCGGAGCAGAGCAGCUACGUGGACGAUGCCACCGAGCUGGCCUACACCUCGGACGCCGGCUUUAUCGACGCCGGCUCCAACUACAACGUCUCGGUCGAGUACAUCGACCAGUCCCACUGGAGAAGCCACCGGCAGGUGCUCAGCCUCCGCAGCUUCCCCGGGCCACCGGGGCGGCGCGGCUGCUACACCCUCCCGUCCUUCGUGGCGGGGACGUCCAAGUACCUGGUCCGGGCCACCUUCAUGUACGGCGACUACGACGGUCUCAACAAGCCUCCCAUCUUCGACCUCUACCUCGGCGUCAACUUCUGGAAGACGGUGAACAUCUCCAGGCCCGACGCGGUGCACGUCGCAGAGGUCAUCGCCGUCGUCCCGGACGACUCCGUGCAGGUCUGCCUGGUGAACACUCGCUCCGGGACGCCCUUCAUCUCGUCGCUGGAGCUGAGGCCCCUCAAGGACACGCUGUACCCGCAGGCGAACGCGACGCAGGGGCUGGUGCUUGUCGGCCGGCACAACUUCGGCGCCGCCGAUCUGAUCAGGUACCCGAACGACACGUACGACCGUGCAUGGGUCCCGUACACCAACCCGGAGGACCAGUGGACUACCAUCUUGACGUCGUCCAAGGUGGCCAUGGAGGUGGAGGAUCGCAAGCCGCUCUACGACGUGCCCUCGGUGGUGAUGCAGACUGCCGUCCGGCCGAGCAACACCACCAGGAACGUCAUGUGGUUCCCCUGGGACGCCGAGCCCAACCACGUCUACCCCAUGCCUGGGCUCCUGCCUGUCUUCUAUUUGGCGGAGCUGGAGACCGUGGACAGCAAGCAGGAGCGGCGCCUGUUCCUCAUCAGCCUCAAGCGGCCCAACUCCUCUGCUUCGUGGCUCAUAGGCGACUUUGAUUACCUUGUCACCACCGUCGUCUCCAGGACUACCGGACGACCCGUCCCGUUCGUCAGCCCCAAGGAGAACCUCGUCAUACUAGGAGCCGCCAACGCCACGACACUGCGACCGAUCAUGGAGAUCAACUCCACAAUACUACCGCCAUUCAUCAACGCCGCAGAGCUUUUCACCCCUAUUUCCACCGCCGGGGUUGGGACCGACGCUCAGGAUGUAUCUGCCAUCACUGCAAUCAAGGCUAAGUACCAGUUGAUCAAGAACUGGGUGGGUGACCCAUGCGCCCCAAAGAACCUAGUGUGGGAUGGGCUGAACUGCAGCUAUCCCAUCUCCAGACCUCAGAGAAUCACAAGCGUAAACAUGUCAUUUGGCGGUUUGAGUGGUGAUAUAUCAUCAUACUUUGCCAAUCUCAAAGCUAUCCAGUACCUGGAUUUGUCACAUAAUAACUUGACUGGAUCAAUUCCUGAUGGUCUUUCACAACUACCCUCUCUCGUGCUACUAGAUUUGACAGGCAACAAGCUUAGUGGAACGAUUCCGUUCGGCCUUCUGAUACGAAUUCAAGAUGGCAACCUAACUCUAAGAUAUGACCACAGUCCAAACCUUUGCAGCAACAGCAGUUCUUGCCAGCCUAUGCAAGCGAACCGAAACUCUAAAACCACCGGCUACAUUGCUGUUGUUGUAGUGGCAUCCGUGGUUGUAGUAGUACUAGUGGUACUACUACUCUUUUUCGUAAUAAGAAGAAAACAAGGUGAGCCUAAGAAACACUUGGCAUUAGCACAACUACUGUUCUACCUGUGUCCAUUUGUAACUGCAAGCAGUGAACCGGCAAAUGUACAUAAUGAGGAAAGUGACGUGCAAUCGCGCAAUCGUCGAUUCACAUACACGGAACUGAAGGUGGUAACAUCCAACUUCCGGCGAGUGCUUGGGGAAGGAGGGUUUGGCCUCGUAUAUGAUGGCUUCUUGGAGGAUGGUACUCAAGUUGCAGUCAAGCUGCGGUCUCAAUCUUCCAAUCAGGGUGUAAAAGAGUUCUUGACAGAGGCACAAAACUUAACAGGGAUUCAUCACAGGAAUCUAGUCAGCCUGAUUGGCUAUUGCAAGGAUGGGGAGUACAUGGCCCUUGUAUAUGAGUAUAUGUCCGAAGGAGACCUCCAACAUAAACUCAGAGGGAGAGAUCACAAUGAUGGAUGUUUAACCUGGAGACAGAGGCUCCAUAUUGUACUGGAGUCCGCGCAAGGGCUCGAGUAUCUGCACAAGGCAUGUAGCCCGCCUUUCAUACACCGGGAUGUGAAGACGUCAAACAUCCUACUGGAUGCAAAUCUAAAAGCUAAGGUUGCUGAUUUUGGCUUGAUGAAGGCUUUCAAUCAGGAUGGUGAUACCCAUGUAUCCACAGCCAGGGUGGUUGGCACACCAGGCUACCUUGCCCCCGAGUACGCAACAGUCCUAGAGCUCACUGAAAAGAGCGACGUGUACAGCUUUGGUGUCGUGUUGCUGGAGGUGAUCACGGGGAAGCCUCCAUUCGUGCAAAUCCCGCAGGCGCAACCCAUUCAUAUUGUCAAGUGGGUGCAGCAGCGCCUUUCAUCUGGGGACAUCGAGGGCGUGGUGGAUGCACGCAUGCAAGGCAACUAUGAUGUCAACGGCGUGUGGAAGGUCGCCGACCUUGCGCUCGAGUGCAUGACGCAAACUCCCACGAAGCGACCGACGAUGACCCGCGUGAUGGCGCAGUUGCUGGAGUGCCUUGAACUUGAGGAGAGCCGCAGCACCGUCUACACCAGCGUCAGUGGCGACACGAAUGGCAUCGUCAACACCGCUAGCACCAGCGAUGAUCCCAGCUCAAGUUCUAUUAUGUACGCCACCACCGACCAGCCCGCCUCUGAUGUCGCCCAGAGCAGUGCAGCGCUCAGGAUGGGGCCUAACUCUAGCAGGGCCUCAACGGUGGCCGCCGGUCCUGCAGCACGAUGAGGCUGGCCGAACUUUGUUGCCCAUGCCUUUGUGCAUCAAAAGGGCCCGGAGGCUUUAAUUAUGUAACGCGUUUCUAUUUUUGAGGGAUUGAUCAUGGAACAUUUGGCAUUUGGGUGCUCAACUGAUUUUCUCGAUUCCAAUUCCUACUGAGUUUACUGGCCAGGGUUUCAAUCGUAGCGACCGGCCAACUCAUGCUAUCCUACUGAGGUUGCUUCCUUCACUGCUUCUUCCUAGCUCUGAAUCCACAGAUAAAAUGGCCAUGGAUGCUGUACAUGAGUCUUCUUCCGGUUCCUACGGUGUGGGUUUUGCCGCCACCGCGCGUGGUCAUUGCAGCCCUCUGUGAUCCCGAAAUGAUGUGGCAUUCGUACUGAUGGCACCUGAGGCACCGCACCCGGCCGCGUUCAGAUCAACAGCAGACAUGGAUGCUGUGGGCAUUUUCUCUGAAGGAGAGCAAGCCUCAGAACCAUCCUUUGCCACCAGAUCUACAUCAUUUAUGGAAGGUAUGGGAGGCAACGGCAUAGAAAUAGAAUCAAGGGUGCACGCCGGUGCACUCUGUUCUAAUUUGCUGCCGGUGGGAACGGCGGAGACUGCGGCACCGGCGCGGAACCGUGGACGAACUAGAGCUUCUCCGGCACGCCUACAGACAACGCGGUAGACGGGGAUUGUGGCAUAGCUAGAAAAUCAUCGACGGGGUCGAGCGGCCUCACCUCUGGGGCGCCUCCCGAGGAAUGGGGCGCGGCGGGGUCGAACUCCGCCAAGGCCGGCGCCGCAGUGGGUGGGGAUGGCGCCUAGAUCGUCGCCGGCGACGA